AUGGACGCCAAGAACACAAUGCAAGCAGCGCCACCCGCGGCCGAUGCUGGUAUGGAUCACAGCGAGGAGAUGCUCGCAGAGGUCGACGAGCCGCCAGACGAACUCAAGUGGUCGCCUUCGAAGUUGAAGUUCGAUCACCUAAGAGCGCAUCCGUCGAUGCAAAGAAGGGAGUCUCUUUUGACGCGACAACUACAUUCCGAGACGGAGCAUACAGAUGAGGAGCGCAUGCAGCCGGGAAGGGCUAUGAGUACACAGUCGACACGGAGUACACAGAGCGCCACCUCCGUGACCGAGCUCACCAGCGAUGACGGCCAUAGCAUGCCGAGUCCUGCUGUCAGCCCGCCAUUGGACCCUAUCCACACUCCUGCGCUGGAACAACAGAAGCCGCUUGAACAGAGAGUAAAGAUCAUGGGCCUCGACGAUGCCGUUGCGCCUGCGCCGAAGCAGGAAGGCCAGGAGCAGGCCGUCGAAGCCAACCUUGGCCGGAAGCGCUGCAUCACCUUCGCGUGCCGAAGCAAACCAGAAGCCAAGCCGGCUCCACCACCGACCUCUCAGCCCACAGAGCCUGAACAGACGACGCCACCAAAGCGGAAAUGCAUGCUCAAGUUCGCCUGUCCGACGAGAGCGAGUGCCGAGUCAAAGUCAGCUGAGAAGGGUCAAGGGAGACGCACCGUCAGCCCACCGCCACCACCACGAAGGUCGGCAAGCAAAACGAAGCACCGUGGCUCUGACAGCACUGUCACGCAUGCAUCUCCGAAGGCUGUACGCAAGACCGCUCCUGUCGUACCUGCCCCGGAAGAAGAUGGUCCGGCGAAGACGCGAUGUUACUCUAUCGACUCGAAUGGAUCGAGUGGCAACGAGGCUACUCGCUUCCACGAGUUCGCGACCAGCGAGGACGAACCUGAAGAGUGGUGCCAGGAGUCGACCUGUCACCGCACACGCUUGACCGUGGACGAUACAUUACAGAAGGAGAACAUCAUUCGCAAGACGUGCGAAGAAGUGGAGGAGGAAGUGCUGGAAGAAGAUGGAGAGAACGAAGAGGACCUGGAAGAGGAGCUGGAGGCGGUUGAUGAAGACGAUGAUGAGUCUGAUGAGGGUUUCCAUUCUGAUGAUGAGGGAGGUUUCGCCAGCUCGGAGUCGGAGAGGGAUGAUGACAGCGACUAUGAGUGGUGGAAGCCUGGAGGCGCAUCGACAGCUGCGACCUCUGUUGAACACCUCGACCGCCUGGCUAUCGUAAACUCUGAGCAGGUUGAGCUCGGCUCGUCCAUGAACUCAGCCAGCUCGGCACAUCUGUCGCCACGAUCAUCAAGGACCGCUCUUCGGAAGACAAACAGGUCGACUCAUACUCAAGCAAUCUCCAUCAAGAGGGCGCCGUCACCGGAGCUGCCAGACUCAACCGACUUUGUGUGCGGCACGCUCGAUGAGGACCGACCCAUCGAGCAGGCGUACAUCAACCGAAAGAAGGCCAAGGAUGCCGCCAAGCGGCCAUCUCGUCCACAGGAUAUCGACCCUUCCUUCCCGACAUCCGAUCCUGAGAUGGACGAGGAAGACGAUGAUGAUGUGGAUGAGGUGCAGGAGAGUGAGGAGGAUGAUAUGAUGCAUGGCGCACUGGAGGAAUUGGAUCAGGCGCCUUUCAAGAAAUUCUCCCCACCUCAGAAGCGUGGCAGAACCAGCAUCAAUCGUUCACCACCGCCGCCUGCACGCCAACACCACUCUCCGCCACCAAAGCGCACCUCCGUCGCUCGGUCCCCGCCGCCUCCCAAACGCCCACGCUCUCCACCGCCACGCAAGCUCUUCGCACAAUCACCGCGUCGCGCCAAGUCGCCCGCACCUACGAAGACAACGUCGCCACCCAACUCGCCUACAGAGGACCGCGGCGUGCCCUUCUCCACCGUACCGCACGGCCUCGCCGGACGUCCUCAGCCCACGCACACCGCAUCCCUCCCGCGCGGCGGUCCCAUCACGCUCAGCAAGAUGGCGCACUGGGGCCACAACGAGGACGAAACCGACACCGGCGUCUCCACUGAGGUGCCCAAGCGGGGCGCCAUCGACAUCGUCAAGGGCGUCGAGUUCAAGCGCCAACGUCGCAAGGAGAAGCUUUAUCAGAAGAUGUGCGCGAAGUAUGCUGCGAAGGGCGAGAAGACGCAGCAUAAGGUCAAGCCUGGCCAGGGUGCAUCGCGAAUGCGCCAACCCAACGCUCCGGAGACGGGCCUCCGACUUACAACAUACAACACACAACUACACAACUACACCUUCAUACACCACACCGAGCACAGCGCCGCUGUGUCACCGCACACGGCACUUCCAUGGACACCCCCAGUACUCAUUCUGGGCAAAUAA